AUGGAUGGAUCAACCAGGUCACGAGGGGUGGCUGGAGAUGCCCAUAAGCCAAAACAUCCUCCACAAUUACCAAAGAUACCAAAUAGAUCCGGACGGUCGUCCGUUGCCUCCAUCCAAUUAGAAUCUCCAAAUGUCCCCCAUCCUCGUAAACCCGAUGCAUCAUUCAUGCGCUCCAACAUGUCACAACAGCAGCAACCGUUCGGUGGUUCAAACGCUAGAUUCGCAAGAGGCUCGCAUGCUCAAGUCGAACGGUUGCCAGAUCAUACUUCUCGUGGUGGUCCAGCCGCUGCUCAGAAAAAUGCUCCUGUCGUAGUAUACGAUGACGAGGGUAUCGAUGUUACGCCCGUCAGUCUACUCGGGCCUGUGAGGCAACAGCCUGCUCGGCAUCGUGGUGUCAAUGACAUGUCUGUAGCAGAAUCAAGUAUAGGGAGGGAAUCAGUGCAAGAUGCUCUGAAUAACAUCGAGUCCAUGACUGUUGGAUCAUGGAAGACAUCUGUGUUCGCAGGGAAAUCUGCUGCUCAAGGAGCUGGAGGCCUCAGUUUCAGUUCAAAGAUCUCUGCAGUGUCUGAUAGCGAACGGGAUGAGGACUCCAGUUCCAUGGUCAGCGCUGAUUCAGAUGAUGAGCGUGGAGAAGCAGGAGGUGAAUUAGCUGGUGCAAAGACUAAAGCAUCAGAGUGGAGUUUGUUACGAGCCACUCGGCGUGUGGAAGCAGAUCCAGAACAACGUCUCAAUAUAGUGCUGACGGAAACAGAGACCAUAUGGCUGUUGGACAUCCCGAGUAAGAUUGUACCGUCUGAAUCUGAAGAAGCCAUACAAGUGAAGGCCGAUAACGCAAGAUAUAAAGAAAUCAAAGUGGCACGGCCAAGUUCUGAUAAUUUUGUGGAUCGAUCCACUCAGACUUUAAACAAUGCUCUUAAAACCAAGGAUGUACAAGCAACUGCAGUGAGAUCUGUCAAUGCUGACUGUCAGGUUAAUAUAUGGAGUAUUGCUGAUGCUAUGGGAGAGAAUAAUGCAACAAAUGACCAGAGGGGGGAUGGAGGAGAUGAAACUGGUCAUGAAGCUGAUAUCGAUGCUUUACCGUCAGCAGAUUUUGGUGCCUCGGGUCCUUUAGGCUCACACAUUCAAUCAUCCACCAUUGCUGAAUCUGUGAACUUUGCAAUGGGCACACGUCACGAUAUGGCAUUAGCUUCAUCAAUGAUGGGCGGUGCUAGCACUGCUGGCAUGUCGACAUACAUGGGAGAUCCUGAGAGUGGAAGGGCCAGUUAUGCUGGUGGGUGGAAUGAUGCCGAUGCGAAUGCCGCCCGAGAAACUGGAACACAGACACAUCAACAACAUGCAUCAGAGCUUCUUGCAACUAUGGAGCGUGCAGUAGUUGGAAACAAUUAUUUGAAACGUCUCAUGUCGUAUCGUGAAGUUCCAGAUAUCGAAGACGAAAUCGGCUCACAAAAUCCAAAUGCCCCUGGUCGACCUUUGCGUGGCGGCGCAAGUCAACUCGCUCUUGGAAUUCCUACUACUUUACGACAAGCUAGUGCAAUCGGAGGUUCUCGAGUACUGGCCAACCAUGCACAUUCUCUUACCGAUCUACCGGCCGAUAUUCCAAGUCUGCAAUUACUUUGGUCCUUUAGAUGUGAAUUGACGAGAGGAAGGUCUGUCAAUUACAUUGCUUGGAAUGGCCAAAACCAGAACGUACUGGCAAUCGCAUACGGAGAAGCCAAACACAAUCCCGAUGCAGCACCAGGGCUCAUUCUAUGUUGGUCGUUGAAAAAUCCAGAAUGGCCAGAACGAAUAUACCCUGCUAAAUCGCCAGUGACUGCUUUGGACUUUAGUAAUGCCAAUCCAUGUCUGCUGGCAGCGGGAUACAUGGAUGGUCGUAUAGCCGUAUAUGAUGUUCGAAUCAAGGACAUAGCGAAUGGCAUGGUGCUUGACUCAAGUGAAGUGGCUGGUAAACAUCGUGAUCCAGUAUGGGAACUCAAAUGGAUUGAACGGGAACGUGCUGUUGGUGAUGGUAAUUCACGUGGAGAGAUACUUGUAUCGGUGUCUACUGAUGGUCGUGUUGUUCAAUGGAUGAUACGGAAGGGAUUGGAGUGCUCCAAUCUCAUGACCCUGAAACGAGUGAGUGAGAAGCAAGAGGUCAAGGCAGGUUCUCCAACUCGAAACAGCGGCUUCAUGGCCAGACACAGUGGUGGCUUAUGCUUUGACUUCCAUCCGACUGACAACAGCAUGUAUAUUGUCGGCACAGAAGAUGGAUGUCUGCACAAGUGCUCUACCUCAUAUCACGAACAGUAUCUGUCCACAUUUUCUGGUCAUCAAGGGCCUGUAUAUCGUGUUAGGUGGUCGCCCUUCCUUCCAUCAUGUUUCUUGUCUUGCUCGGCGGAUUGGACUGUCAGGCUGUGGAAUCAAGAAUCGCCUGAUGCACCUCUCAAAUUCCAAAAUGGCAAGGAAGCUGUAUUGGAUGUAGCAUGGUCUCCACACGCAUCUACUGUAUUUGGGUGUGUCUCGGCUAAUGGUCGUUUAGAAGUGUGGGACUUGUUGUUUUCAGGGCUGGACCCUGCCAUUACGCAUCCCGUUUUGGAUCGACAAUUAACAACGGUGUCGUUCUCGCCCAUUACACCAGCCAUUUUAACCGGUGAUGACAACGGUGCAGCUUACGUGUAUCGACUAAAGAACUUGCCAUCUAUGUCGAUGGGAGGUAGUAUGCAAGAGCAAGGACAACGGCUGCAGGAAGUCAUGACGAGUAAGACGUCUCAUCUUCCAAAGAUGGAAUUAGCCCCAGCAGCAGUUGUGUAA